CCUUGCUCAACAACCACCACCACGAGCCCUCCGCAUAUAUAACUCAAAAAUGGCUCCCAGAGGCCUCUCAGCCGAAGAGAAACGCGUCAAAUUGCUAGAAAUAUUUCAUGAAACUAAAGACUUCUAUCAGCUAAAAGAGCUCGAGAAGCUCGGCCCAAAAAUGAAGGGAAUAGUUUCUCAGUCUGUAAAGGAAGUCCUACAGUCACUCGUUGACGACGGGCUAGUACAAGGCGAUAAAAUUGGCUCUUCGAAUUUUUUCUGGAGCUUUCCAUCCCAGCAAGGCGCACUGAUUCAAGGCCGGCUCAAGGCAGCUAACGAGCAGCGUACAAUAAACCAGGCCCAGCUGGACGAGAUCAAGACCUCCAUUCAGUCCGAAAAGGAUCUGCGUAUAGAAUCUGAAUCACGUACGAACUCUUUGGAGAAGCUCGUGCUUUUGAAGAAGGAAUUAUGCAAACUGGACGACGAACUCGGUGCAUACGGAGCAUGCGAUCCCGUGAAACUGGAAGAAACCAAACGCGGUAUUACUUUAGCCAGAGAAGCUGCUAUUCGUUGGACCGACAAUUACAGUGUCCUUAUGUCUUACUUUCUUCGACAGUCUCUUGUGGAAUCUAGUGAGAUUAAACGGUACCUUGGUGUAGAUGAUGAAUAUGAGGAUAUAUGCUAGCUUUUAUUGGACUCACCUUGUCGAAUUCCACCCGUGCUUUUGCCCUUGCGAUGUGUCAUCCUUUCAAUGCUCAUAUAUGUAGAUUGUCACCAGUUGCU